AUGUCUCAAGCCAACGAACGUAUUGAAACUUUAACUAAGCAAGUCAAAGAAUCAACACUUAUUGCCGAUGAAUUAAAUCCUAAAAAGUCUUUAGAAUUCUAUAGAUAAAAAUCCACUAUUUGCCCCAAAUAAGUAGAAAAUACAAUCUAUGGAUAUAAUAGUCAUUACAUGAAGCGUGUCUAUGAAGUCAUUAAAAAUAGUCCUUAGAUUUUCAGACAUCCUCAUUUGGAAGAGUGGAGUAGAGAAGUUUACAGAUAUAUGUCUUUCCGUUAAUUAGUUCAAUUCGAUAAGGAAAAAAAUAUGAGCUAUGAAGACUACAAGAAAGAUCCUCAUAUUGCCACUAUUAUGGGAACUGCUUUAUACUAAUGGAAUGCCUCUCACUGCAUUAAGCACGGUGUACACUUCUAUCUUUAUGCCAAAACUAUUAUAAACCUAGGAACCUAAAAGCACGAAAAAUAUGUCCAAAGAUCAAUAGAUUUAAGUGAUGUAGGUUCAUUCUCAUUGACAGAAUUAGGUCAUGGUUCUAAUGUCCGUUCUAUUUUAACUACUGCCACUUAUGAUACUGCCACAAAUGAAUUUAUCAUCAAUACUCCUAAUGAUUUAGCUCUUAAAUGGUGGAUUGGUGCUACUGCUUAACUCGCUAACCAAACUGUUGUUUGGGCCUAAUUACUCCUUAAUGGUGAAAAUCAUGGUGUCCAUGCCUUCCUCGUACCCAUCAGAUCACUUGAAGAUCAUCAACCAAUGCCUGGUGUUGUUAUUGGAGACUGUGGUUCUAAGGUUGGUUUAGAUGGUAUCGAUAAUGGUUUCUUAUAAUUCACUAACUACAGAGUUCCUUAUGACUCCUUACUUGACAAGUUCUCUUAAAUUGAAGAUGGAAAAUUCAAGACUUCAAUUCCUAGUGCUGACAGACGUUUUGGUUUACAACUUGGAUCUUUAUCUGGUGGUAGAAUUGUAAUUAGUAUGCAUGCUGGCUCUAAUGCUAUGAUGGCCUUGACUAUUGCUACUAGAUAUGCUUGUAUUCGUAAGUAAUUCGGUCUUCCUGGUCAACCUGAAAAUUCCAUUAUUGAAUAUCCUUUGGUUUAAUAUAGACUUAUGAGCUCUCUUGCCAAAUAUGCUGUCUAACAAGUUGCUGCUUUAAACCUCAACUAAUUAUGGGAUCACAACUAAGAAAAUGUCUUAGACUUAAAGAAUAACUUAAUCAAUUAACUCCAUGCACAAUCAUCAGUCAUGAAGGCUAUUUGCUCAUGGUAAGCUAAGGAUAUAAUUUAAAUCUCAAGAGAAAUACUUGGUGGACAUGGUUACUCUUCUUAUAAUAGAAUUGGUAUGCUCUACAGAGACAAUGAUAUUAACAUUACUUGGGAAGGAGAUAACAAUGUUUUACUCUAAUAAACUUCUAAAUUCCUUUUAGACGCAGCAAGAACUUUGAUGAAAGGCAAAGAAAUUAAAUAUCCAACAAUUAAAUUCUUAACAGUAGAGCCCGUUGAAGGUUAAAAAUGGGAUGCCAAGGAAGUUGCUUAAUUUAGAAACCCAGAAAAUAUUUUAAGAGCUAUGGAAUGGCGUGUUAACUUAUUGCUUUAGAGAUCUGGCUUGAAAUUACAAGAAAACCUUGGAAGCCAUCCUGAUCCUUUCGCUGCAUGGAAUGGAACAUAAGUUUUCUACUUAAAUAGCUUAGCCCUCGCUUAUGGUGAAGUCUAUCAAGCUCAAGAAUUUAUUUCAGCCCUUAACAAAAUUCAUCACGAACAAACAAAGGAAUUCAUGUUGAAUUUGUUCGAAUUAUGGGGAUUGAAUAUUAUUAUCAAUGAUUUGGGUACUUUCAGAGAAGGAGAUUUUGUUGAAUCAGACACUGCUAAGUAAAUGAAGGACAGAGUUGUUGAACUUAUCAAAGCCUUAAAGGAUGAAGCUAUUGGUUUCUUAGAUGUUGUUUGCCCUCCUGAUCAUAUCUUAGGUUCUCCCUUUGGUGCUAAAGACGGUGAUAUCUACAAUAAAUAUCUCACCUACGUUAGAGGUGCUAAAAAUUCUUACAGUAGAGUUGACUGGUGGAAUGAAAUUCAUCCUAAGAAAUAGUGA